UAAGCAUCUAAAAAAACCUGAAAUUUUAUUGAAUAUAUUAAAUGCUAUGCUGAAAAUAGAUGUACAUAAUACUAUACAGUUUAUGAGACUAAAUAAGGAUUUAGGAUUUAGGAUUUAGGAUUUAGGAUUCUUUUAUUUAGUGAAAUUUAGUGAAAUUUAGUGAAAAAUGCUGUGAUUUUUAAGUUAAGUGAUGCUAGAAGACUAGGUCAUUUACAUCAGAGAAAAAAUAUAUUAACAUUAGCUAUAAACCUCAGAGCAAAAAAAGAACCUCUGCUAACUAUUUUUAAAAAUCAACAAUCAUUUGGUAAAACAGUACAUUAUGUAAGAAAGGAAAUACAAAAAGUGGUUUUCUUUUCCUAUAGUACCAAGGGUAAUUUUUCCUUAAAGCUGGAAUGAAUAAGGUUAGGAAUCAUUUAGGUCCAGGCUUCUUUAAUGAACAAAGCCAGCUUAUUUGGCAGUUUCUCAAGUUACUCCCUCAGGCAGCUUGAACCAGUUAAGCAGAUCCUUUCAGCUCUUCAGAGCUUAUAGACAACCAGCCAUCUGGUUUCCUAGGAAACAAAACCUUGGCUAAAAAACAGUGAAUCAUUUCCAGGUCACUUUCAACAUGGAGAGUGGAGCAGGAAAGCACUGGACUGAGGAGGAGGUUAAAGCUUUGCUAAGUGUCUGGGCAGAAAAAAAUAUACGAAAACAACUUUAUGGAACCCUGAGAAAUAAAGGAAUAUUUAUUUACAUUGCUAAAAGGCUGCAAUCAUUAGGAGUACACAGAGAUUGGAAACAGUGCCGCGCAAAGUAUAAAAAUCUCAAAUACGAAUAUAGAACAGUUAAAUAUGCCCACAACUCUGGAGACAGCUCUAAAACUAUGAAGUUCUUUCAGGAUUUGGAUGCAAUCCUGCAGUAUGAACCUGCCACACAAUUUACAGAUGAAGAUGCAAACAGCAGGUACCUGGCAAUGCUGAGCCCAAGUACAGCCCCAGAGAUCACUGAAGGUAAAAUGUCAAUUGCAUUAGAAGAUAAGGAAGACAUCUCAGGAAAUCCUUUACUUUUGGUUUCUCAUGUCAGACCAAUGGAACUAGGUAUCUCUACGUCAGUCAUGGAACCCCCUAAUAAUUCAACUUUUAUUCCAACUGUAGCAAAUGAAGGAGGAAAACACUGGACUAUGCCAGAAGUCAGGGCUCUAAUAGACAUCUGGUCUGAUAAAAGCAUACAACAACAACUAGAGGGAACAGUGAGAAAUAAAAGGAUAUUUGAACAAAUUGCUGCCAAGCUUCAGAAAUUUGGAAUAGAGAGAGACUGGAAGCAGUGCAGAACGAAGUAUAAAAACCUAAAACAUGAAUAUAAGAUUGUAAGAACAGCUCAAGACCUAGGCGUGACUAAGAGUAUGAAAUUUUUUACGGAGCUGGACGCAAUUCUGGGACACAAUAAAACAGAAAAAUCACAAGAACAGGAAUCUCAAGAUGGAGAACAAGUCAGAGAAUGUGCCAAUAUAAAAAUGGAAGAGAACCAGACAGUCAUUGCUCGAGAGGCAACUGAAGACGUAAUGUUCAGUGACAAGUCAGAAGAUGUAGGAGAUACAGAUAUAAAACAAAGUCCUGACACGGAAUUAUUUGAAGAUCACACCAAAAGCCAAGGAACUUUGAGCCUCAAGAGAAAAGCACACGAAGCUGAACCAGUGUCUACAUCUCUUAAGAAAACUUCACCUGAGAUCAUUACAAAUCAGUUUCCUCAAAGCAUAACAGAACCAAAAGAUGCUACACAAUAUUUCUGCAGACAGGAGACCCAACUUCUUCAGAUGCACUAUUCCCUGCGGUUGGUUUACUUUCACUUAAUUUAUCAUACGAGAUCUACUACCGGCAGAUCCUUCUAAACAUCCAUUAGUCCUGUUUCCCCGGUUCUGAAGUCUAGGAGCCCCAAGUUCCCAUAGCUCUGAGUCCUUUCAAACCCACAACCUGCUCAGUAGCUCUGCCCUUGCAAACAAAAGCUUGUGGUGGUUGGAGGGCCCGCGCGGAAACCUUAAGAUGUUGCAGGACUUUUAUGCAGGACGUGCACCAGCCGCCGCCCCGCACAAGCCUGUCCCAAGGGCAGCUCCAUCCAGGCCCAGGAGAUAAGACGGGGUAUGCAGUCGGGGAGGGGCCCUGACCCGGCUAGACCAAGCUAGGCAGAGCCUUGCAAACUGGCGAGACUCAACAAGGAGGCGUAGACCCUGGGGGGAGGGGGAGAGCCCCUAGAGGGCAUUGGAGGUUGGGAGGAUGGGCGGGACAGCCCCAAACCCAGGGAGGCAAGGUGCUGCCCCUGGCGCACGUCUCGGCAGCCCGGUCGAUGCCAGGGGCAGGUACCGGUCCAGGUAGGACAGGUCCGUCCUCCUGGCCCUCGGGGGCACACGCGACCGCCACCUCCGCCCGCGGGAAGCGGCGUGGGGAGAUGCAGAAGCGCACACACCCCGCCACGCCACCGCGCGCCCCGC